UCAAAUUCAUUUGAAAUGAAAAACUUGUUUUGUAAAAAAAAAAAUAUAGGUGCACUAGUAAUUCUCACGAGUAAAAAUUUUCACGUUGAAGUGAUUUCCGGUACGUUUGUAAACAAAUACGAAAUCAACAGAUUUAAUAGCGGUGAAAUCCUUUCUAAUCAGCGCGAAGAAUUUGACAGCAUGGAUAUCAGACCAAAUCACACAAUCUACAUAAAUAACUUGAAUGAAAAGAUUAAAAAAGAUGAAUUGAAGAAAUCACUGUAUGCCAUAUUUUCCCAGUUUGGACAGAUUUUAGAUAUCGUUGCGUUGAAGACAUUGUCGAUGAGAGGCCAGGCAUUUGUCAUCUUUAAAGAUAUUAACAGUAGUACUAAUGCCCUAAGAUCUAUGCAAGGAUUCCCAUUUUAUGACAAACCAAUGAGAAUCCAGUACUCCAAGAAGGACUCUGAUAUGGUGGCUAAAAUGAAGGGAACAUUUGUUGAACGUCCUAAAAAACAGAAGAAGGAUGAAGAAGCCCCUGCAGAAACAAAGAAAAGGAAACGUGGACAAGCAAAUGCUGCAAGAGAGAGGGCAGCUAGAGAGCAGGCAGCCCCACCAGUACAACCUGUUGUACAGCAACCAGCACCUACACAAGCAGCGCCAUCUAGUGCUCCAGCAACGGCACCAACAAGUAUACCGGAACAACCUCCCAACCAGAUCUUGUUCUUGACCAACUUACCAGAAGAGACUAAUGAAAUGAUGUUGUCGAUGCUCUUUAACCAGUUCCCAGGUUUCAAGGAGGUUAGACUGGUACCGGGCAGACAUGAUAUUGCUUUUGUAGAGUUUGAGACAGAGACACAGUCUGCUGCUGCCAAGGAUGCCCUUCAAGGCUUCAAGAUCACACCUAGCAAUGCUAUGAAGAUAUCGUUUGCUAAGAAAUAGAUGUGUGAUCAGUUCUCAUUUUCCCAUUUUACGUUGAAUUUAAAUUACAUUGGUCCAGAGAAUUAUGUUAUCAAUAAAAAAACAAAAGAAAAGAAAUUUUUUUUUGAAUUAAGGUUUUAAUUGAAGGUAGAGUUAAAAUAUUGUAGACAUUAAUUACUGUUUUGAUACUUUUAUUCAAUAAUUU